AUGCAAAUUUCCCGGGGCAAACAGCACUCGACCCAUCACUGCCUUCUAGCCUCCGCCAACUGCAGCCCUCGCUCGCCUUUGGCAACCCUGCCUGCAGCAGCGAUUCACGUUCGAGUAACGCCCACAAUCACGGGCCUACGCGCUGCAGAGAGUCGCCAGCAUGGACCGCGAUCGCGACGGUCGAGGUCGACGGUUAGUCCCAGAUUCGACGAUGGCGAGAUCAUUAGGUAUGGUGCCGGCGAGUCCUGGAGACCAACCCCACGAGGUGGCGACCGAUCCCCCAGGCGAACAUCACCGAGGCGAACCAGAAGCCCGAUCAGAGACCGACCUCGAAGCCCGAGACCCAGGAGCCCUCGCCCUCGCAGCCCUGGCAUGGCGGGCUCCGAUAGCUACGUGCCAGGACGUUACGUACCUCGUCGGCGUUCCCGUAGUGGAGGUGAUCGCUACCGCCGCGAACGCUCCAGAGACCGCGAGUCGCCCCGGAGACGCGAGCGCAGUCGCUCGCCGAUGAGAAGGUCGCCGCCUCCGCGACGUAGUCCGUCCCGUCGCGGCUCGCCCAUUCGUGAUCGACCGUACGAACGCCCUAGAUCUCCCCGCCGUGAUUGGAACAACGACAGAAAUCAGUCUCGCGACCGCAAUCGCGAUUGGGACCGGGACCGUAACCGCGAUAGAGACCGAAACUUCGAUAGGCGUGACGACAGGCGAGACGACAGGAGACGAUCACGGUCCCCCUUCGGCCGAGACCGCCGCGACAGGAGCCCUCCCGGAAAGAGCACACCAAUCGCCGCGCGAGGUGGCUCGUACAGACCGAGAUCUCGCAGUCCCCCGAACCGACGCGGAGAUAGAUAUGAUGGAUACAGACGAUCUUCGCCCCCGCGAGACUCUGGUGUCUCGUCGGCUCUGGUUUCACGGCCUACUUCGGAACGAGCAUCACCACGUCCUUCAUCGACCCGAGUUCGUUCUCCCCUGGCGUCACGUGAAGAGACCCCCCAGCCCGCGGCAACGUCGGGGUCGGCAUCCGUUCGAGACGCCCCUGGAUCAGUUCCCCACGAUUCUAACACUCCCUCGAUCAAGUCCCCACCGCGCGGACCGGCAGCACUUAGAGCGCCGCCGACCGGCCCAGCCUCUAACCGCAGUGGCAACGCAUCGCUGGCAUCGCCUGGCCCGACGGCCGCCAAACACCCACAGACGCCAGGUACUAUACCACAUCGAUCAGACACAACGAGUCCUUCCACAUCUAACCCACCCGCGGGCCCGCGAGGAUAUGUUGCCUCGGGCCGAGGAGGGUACCCAUCACGCGGCGGACGAGGAGGAUGGAGCCAGCCACCCUCCAGACAAGGGUCGAGCCUCUCCCAGCCGCCUACGCCUGGUGGACCAGCAGCGAUACCUACUGGGCCUCGCGGCGGCCCGGGGGGUGCGGCCUACGCGUCAGGGCCUGGUCAAGUACGUCCCUCUAAUCCACAUUCUCGUCCCUUUGCUCACCGUGGUCGUCGGCAGCGUCCAUCCCUUGCUCAGAGCCUCCUCUCAACCAUGCCACCGAUCGUGCCGGGCGGCAAGCUGGAGCCGUCCAUGACACCGCUCGCCCUAGGCGUUACGCGAGAACUCGAGCCCCACUACCGCAAGUUGCGCGACGAGGAGGAGAAGCUCCGCGAGGAGCUCAAGGCGAAGCAGGAGAAGGUUCGCAAGAGCCUGUACCUCUGGGACCGGUUGGAGCGGGAGUCGCGCGCGUGGGAGCUGCGCAGCGACUUGAGCGAGAAGAGCAUGAAGAACUUGGCGGGCGAGGGCAUGGGCGGCGCUGCGUUUUAG